UGUCGUGUAGACGCUGACUCUGCCACUGUCUGUCAUUACUUGCGAGGCAGGUGUCUCUCCCACUAGGAGGUUGCACACGUUCACAGCCCACAUUCGAAUAUUUGUUAUACUUUAAUUUGUGACAAAUUAUCGCCGUCAUGUUGUGGACAGCCAACCAAAUCAUAAGGAAAUUAUCUACCAGCUCUAAUUACUACCAAAAUAAGCUGAAGUUGGCUCUGAUUGGCCAGAGCCUGUUCGGACAGGAAGUGUACACCAAUAUUAGAAAGCAGGGCCACAAGGUGGUGGGCGUGUUUACUGUUCCAGAUAAGGAUGGCAAGGCAGACCCUCUGGAUGUGCCGGUGACUACUUCCUGGUUCACCGAGGAGUGUGAUAAGGAGCAGAACGGCUUGCAAGAUGCGCAACGGAAGACAUGUCUUUUCCCAAACCCACUGGGGAGUUGCUAUGCGGUAGCGGCGCAGAAAGAUGGUACCCCAGUCUUUAAGUUCCCCCGGUGGCGAGUCAAAGGGAAGCCCAUCCCGGAGGUGGUGGAGGCUUACAAGGCAGUGGGGGCUGAACUCAACGUCAUGCCUUUCUGCUCCCAGUUUAUCCCCAUGGAAGUGAUUGACCACCCAGCCUACGGCUCCAUCAUCUACCACCCCUCCAUCCUGCCCCUGCACCGUGGGGCCUCUGCAAUUAACUGGACUCUGAUCCAGGGGGAUAAGAAGGCUGGGUUCUCUAUUUUCUGGGCUGAUGACGGACUGGACACGGGUCCCAUUUUGCUCCAGAGAGAAUGCCCAGUGGAACCCAACGACACUGUGGACUCCCUCUACAACCGCUUCCUCUUCCCAGAAGGCAUUAAGGCCAUGGUGGAGUCAGUGCAACUUAUCGCUGAUGGGAAGGCCCCGCGCAUCAAUCAAACUGAGGAGGGUGCCAGCUACGAGGGCAUCCAGAAGAAAUCCAAUGCCAAGGUCAACCUAGCUCAGCCAGCAGAGGCCAUUCAUAACUGGAUUCGUGGCCAUGACAAAGUUCCCGGGGCGUGGUCGGUCAUUGAUGGUCAGACUGUGACCUUAUAUGGGUCAUCCAUACUGGGCGGGUCAGUGCCAGCGGGUCAGCCGCUGGACAUUGAAGGCGCAUCCCAGCCUGGAAUUGUCACCAAGAACGGUCUGGUUCUGUUCGGGUCAGAUGGCAAAGCGCUGCUGGUAAGGAACUUGCAAUUUGAGGAUGGCAAGAUGAUCCCUGCUUCUAAAUACUUCUCUUCAGGGGACACAACCAGUAUGGAGCUGACAGAUGAUGAGAAAAAGAUGGCAGAGGAGAUACGAAGCAUCUGGAAUGGAAUUCUUGGUAACAUUGCUGUAAUUGAGGAAACCACUGACUUCUUCAAGUCAGGGGCUGCCUCUAUGGACGUGGUCAGGCUGGUGGAAGAGGUCAAGCAGAAGUGUGGGGGCGUACAGCUGCAGAACGAGGACGUGUACAUGGCCACCACCUUCCAGGACUUCAUCCAGAUGUUCGUCAGACGGCUGAGGGGGGAAGACCAGGAGGAGGAGAUGGUCAUCGACUAUGUGGCUAAGUACGUCAAUAACAUGACGGUGAAGAUGCCUUGGCAGUGUUUCAUCAAUGGCAAGUUUGAGGACGCGGAGGACGGCAAGACCGCAGAUACUAUCAACCCCGCCGAUGGUUCAGUGAUCUGUAAGGUGGCAUAUUCAUCUGUGGGAGAUGUGGACCGGGCAGUGGCAGCAGCCAAAGAGGCCUUUGAGGUUGGCCCGUGGGGCAGAAUGAACCCCAGGGACCGUGGCAGCCUGCUGUACAAAUUGGCUGACCUCAUGGAGGAGAACCAGGAAGAGUUGGCUACCAUAGAGUCGAUGGACUCUGGAGCUGUCUACACCCUGGCCCUGAAGACCCACGUAGGCAUGUCCAUCCAGACCUUCCGCUACUUCGCCGGCUGGUGCGACAAGAUCCAGGGCAAGACAAUACCCAUUAACCAGGCCAGGCCUAACCGCAAUCUGACCUUUACCAGGAAGGAACCUCUGGGCGUGUGUGCCAUUGUCAUCCCCUGGAACUACCCACUCAUGAUGCUGGCUUGGAAGAGUGCAGCUUGCCUUGCUGCAGGAAAUACACUGGUCCUGAAACCUGCACAGGUUACCCCUUUGUCUGCCCUGAAGUUUGCCGAGCUGACUGUGAAGGCUGGCAUCCCCAAAGGUGUCAUCAACAUCAUCCCUGGCUCAGGUGGAAUGGUGGGACAGCGCAUGUCAGACCACCCGGAUAUCCGUAAACUGGGCUUCACUGGGUCUACCCCGAUUGGUAAACAGAUCAUGAAGAGCUGUGCGCUCAGUAACCUGAAGAAGGUUUCUCUGGAGCUGGGAGGGAAGUCUCCGCUCAUCAUCUUCAGUGACUGUGACAUGGACAAGGCUGUCCGCAUGGGUAUGAGCUCUGUGUUCUUCAACAAAGGAGAGAACUGCAUUGCUGCUGGACGCCUGUUCGUGGAGGAGUCCAUUCACGACGAGUACAUCAGAAGAGUUGUGGAAGAGAUUAAGAAGAUGAAUGUGGGGGAUCCUCUGGACCGCGCCACAGACCACGGGCCCCAAAACCAUAAGGCCCAUAUGGAUAAGUUGGUGGAGUACUGCGAGGUGGGCCUGAAGGAGGGCGCCACGCUGGUGUACGGAGGCAAACAGGUGGACAGGCCAGGGUUCUUCAUGGAGCCCACACUUUUCACAGAUGUGGAAGACCACAUGUUCAUCGCCAAAGAGGAGUCCUUCGGCCCAAUCAUGGUAGUGUCCAAGUUCAAAGACGGUGAUAUCGACGGUGUGCUGCAAAGAGCUAAUGACACAGAGUUUGGCCUGGCGUCAGGCGUGUUCACGAGGGACAUCAACAAGGCCAUGUAUGUAAGUGAAAGGCUGGAUGCCGGAACAGUGUUUGUCAACACCUACAACAAGACUGACGUGGCCUCGCCAUUCGGAGGUUUCAAACAAUCCGGCUUCGGCAAAGACCUCGGAGAGGAUGCUCUUAAUGAAUACCUGAAGACCAAAGCAGUGACUGUCGAGUACUGAGGCAACCAGGACCUCCUAAUAAACUCAUAUCAACUUCUGAUCAAUGAAUCCAACUGAUCGAGAAAUAUCAGUCUCUGUGAGUCUUGAUAGGGAGUCCAGCUAUGGCUUUACUAACUGAAGGCAUGCAAGAGGGCACAGACUCAUCUCAAAAUGACUACAGUUUAUUUGUAUUCAGUUCAGGAACUCGAAUCACACACACACUACAGACAUAGGACAAAUGUGGUAAAAAAGGACAAAUGCCCAAGCAAAAAAAUAAAAAUCACAUUUAACUGACGUGGAUUUUAGUUCUAGAACCAAAGCUAUGGUGGAUUUGACAGGAUCAACAUAUGAGCUAACAAAGGUUUUUUCUUCCACUCAGUUUUAAAGAAAAGUUCUAGGAUCUUAUAACAUACCAUCUGAGCCAUGACACAUUUGGUUCAAUAUUUAUUUUUUCUCAAGCUUACAAUGUCAGGUUCUCAUUUAAUUUUUGCUCAGUAAUGUUGGGUGCCACACUUGUUUUGAACACUUCCACAACUCCCGUUGUUACUUGUAAAUAUUUUAUAACAAAAGCAGAACGGAAUAAUUUGAUGUACAGUAUUUUUAACAUAUUGUAGUCAGAAAGGGAGAAUUCUGUUACAACACUAGUUUGUGCAUUUUUAGCAAACCUAUUUGAACUUUUAAAGUAAAUUAUUUUUCAUAUGCACAGGAGACACUGUACAAUGAAAUGCUUACAAGGCAAUGAGCUGUUGAAACAAAUCAUCUUCCUGCUGCAGUUUUGGUAGAAAAAAACUCAAACCUAUCGAUACAGUGACUGAUUAUUCAUGACAUCACAUUGUUAUACCCAUGUUUUGAGUGUAUAUCAUGUUUACUUUGUCUGUACAGAGAAAAAAACAUAUGUUAUGGCUAGAGGCUAAAAUAAAUGAAGGCUACAUAUUAAGUUAAAAAAAAGUAGAAUUGCAGCUUAUCCUUUUUGUAAUAAAGAAUAUUAAUUUAAAUAUUUAUUACAAACUACCUUUACAGAGUUUGGCAUCGCAUCCAAACAUUGUUUUUUUCUUAGUUGUUGUAUUGAAAUGUCAAUCUAUAGCCCUUCUAUGUACCAUUUUCUGAUGCAUAGUGUUGCACAAUUUGAAAAUCAAGAAAUGACAAUUGUUUGGUCUCUACCGAGGGAACUAUUCACCCUCACAAAAAAAUCCACUCCAGUAUUGUGUAUUCAAAAUGUCCUAUGAAGAUUAAACAUCCUUUUGAAUUAA